CGCUACUCUCAUUGUUCGGUCGUCACGUCAUGGAAAGAGUUACUGCGUUUGUGCUCAAAGUAAAGAAAUAGUUUAUGAAAAACUCCUCACGGGCCUGUUGAAUCACACCUCGAAGGGAAUAUUACGAACGAGCGGCGAUCAGAAAUGGAUCCGUGGAUUAUAAAGAUGCUUUAGAUGUACUUUUUUGUUCUUUUGUUGGCGGAAUGCAAAGGAUGCGUUUAUUUCCCAUCUCUGUCUGGGACGAAAUGUUGGGAUAAUGUUUUCAUCUGGAAUUUAGUUCAGCCGGACUUGCAGAACAGAUGUUUGUGUUUGUUUGUUUUUCUGUUUUGACAGCAUGCAAGAUGCAUAAAACUGUUAUGUAGUUAUUACGAGACGCUGAAUGUGUUUGCCGGUGUCUCGGUUCUGCUGGACGGGGUUUGUGGAAUUAUUGGUUUAUUUUUAUUUUUCGCGGCGGAAGAUUUUGGUUUUGAGGAAUAAUGAAACGGCAUAAAUUAAGAAAAGUUGGAGAAUAACAGCCCGGAAGCGAGAUCCAACAUGCAAUGCUUUAUUUACAAAAGCAUAUUGGAGAUUGUUUCCCAGGGGAUAAAAAAAGAUUCCUGUUUUCCUGGUCAGUAAUUCUACAAAGAUCUUUAUCGUAAAAGAAUAUAAUUUACCAACAGGCUCAAAACUGCUAGUUUUGUUACAAUACUAUGAAUAUAUUAAAAAGUACUGCUGUACUAUAUAGCCAAACCUUUAAGUUAUCGAACAGCCCUGUUUUUGUUAGACUUGAUCAGUGCAUUCUGAUAUGAGGUAAGGAACUUUUAUUUUGUGCGUCUGGCUUGCGAAGUUACAAAAAUGUCCUUGAGAGCCAAAGCCCUCUACACUUUCCAAAGUGAGAACAAGGAGGAGAUCAGCAUCCAGGAGAAUGAGGAGCUGGUGAUUUUCGACGAGAACUCUGUGGACGGCUGGCUACAAGGAGAGAACAGCCGAGGGGAGCGAGGCCUGUUCCCCGCCUCGUACGUUCACAUCAUCCGGAACCGAUCCGGGUCCAACCUGACCGAUCAUUCCCUCAGCUCACCCGGGAGCUCUCCCGGUAAGGAUUUAUCGUACAUCCAUACGCCUUCCACGACCCUGCCGAGCGACGACGAUGACGACUGGGACGACUGGGACGAGACCUCGACGGUGGUCGAGGAUGAAGACCCUCGGAGAGGCGCCAAUGGACAUUCCCAGAGUCCGUAUUCCAACCCCAACGUCCACUACCGGGCCAAGCCGUACAUGGAGCGCCAAGACAGCAUGUCCAGCAAUCGAAAGGGCAGCAUGGUGGGCAGGAACUUGAACCGAUUCUCCAGCUUCGUGCGCUCAGGUGUGGAGGCCUUCAUACUUGGCGACGUUCCAAUGAUGGCUAAGAUCGCCGAGUCUUACUCCAUCGAAAUGGGCCCCCGGGGGCCUCAGUGGAAGGAGAACCCUCAGCCCUUCACCUGUUCCAUUGAAGACCCCACCAAACAGACGAAGUUCAAAGGCAUUAAGACGUACAUUUCGUAUCGCGUCACCCCCAGUCACACUGGCAGGCCGGUGUAUCGCCGCUACAAGCACUUUGACUGGCUCUACAACCGACUACUGCACAAAUUCACGGUCAUUUCCGUGCCGCACCUUCCCGAGAAACAAGCCACGGGACGAUUCGAGGAAGACUUUAUCGAGAAAAGGAAGAGGAGGCUGAUUUUAUGGAUGGACCACAUGACCAGCCACCCCGUUUUGUCUCAGUACGAAGGUUUCGAACACUUUCUCAUGUGCGGAGACGACAAGCAGUGGAAGCUCGGGAAGAGGCGAGCGGAGAAGGACGAGAUGGUCGGGGCUCAUUUCAUGCUCACCUUCCAGAUUCCCAACGAGCACCAGGACCUUCAGGACGUGGAGGAGCGCAUUGAUUCUUUCAAGGUGUUCGCCAGAAAAAUGGACGACAGCGUGAUGCAGCUGACGCACGUCGCGUCGGAGCUGGUUCGCAAACACCUCGGAGGCUUUCGGAAGGAGUUCCAGAGGCUGGGAAACGCCUUCCAGUCCAUCAGCCAGUCGUUCCUGCUGGACCCUCCUUACAGCUCGGACGCUCUGAGCAAUGCCAUCUCGCACACAGGCCGCACCUACGAGAACAUCGGGGAGAUGUUCGCCGAGCAGCCCAAAUACGAUCUGUUUCACAUGCUGGAUAAACUGUCGCUGUACCAGGGCCUGCUGUCCAACUUUCCAGACAUCAUCCACCUGCAAAAAGGCGCUUUUGCUAAGGUGAAGGAGUCUCAGCGUAUGAGCGACGAGGGGAAGAUGGACCAAGAGGAAGCGAACGGCAUUCGCAAACGCUGCAGGACAGUGGGGUUCGCCCUGCAGGCCGAGAUGAACCACUUCCACCAGCGCAGGGAGGUGGACUUUAAAGAGAUGAUGCAGGCGUAUAUCCGCCAACAGAUCGCCUUUUACCAGCGCGUAGGUCAACAAUUAGAGAGAACCCUUCGCAUGUACGAUACCCUCUAGAGCCUUCGGCAUCUGGACUGCGAUGGAGAUCGAAUAUACAAAUUUUUUUUUUUUAUUCCAAAAAUGUUUGCAAGAGAAAAAGGACAUUCACACUUCUGCACUUAAAAAUGUCACUUUUAACCCCAGAAACCAACAACCCGACAACUAUUCGUGCAUAUCGUCAAUUUUAUUUAAACAUCCGUUAGAUCAAUGUUACACUUUUUCCAUAUUUUUUUCCUUUAAAACUCACAGAGUCAGGUUUGCGAAUGACGUCGCCUGUGCGUUAGCAGGUGCAGACGCUAACCAGACGGCGAAACAGUUGUUUACGCAAUAGUUUGCCAGAAACGCAAUUAUUUCUUUAAGAAAUGGCACAUUGCGACACUGCGUCUUAUUCGGGCGCGAUACAGAAAAAGUGUCAAAUGCUGAACGUUGGAUCUUCUAUUUAUGGAUUGUACGGAUUUGCUCCGCCCACACUGAAAUCUCAUUGGUCCAAAAGCCUGUCGCAAACUGCAAAAAAGUAUUUCAUUUUGUCUUAUUUUCUCAUCCAAAUGUCUAAACAUUCGAAAGGCAGAAAGAAAAAAAGUAUCGAAAUGUAGUGAGUAAAUUAGCGCUGUCAAAUGAUUAAUCGCGAAAAUGUAAAAGUUUUCGUUUACGUAAUUUAUGGAUGUGUACUGUGUAUAUUUAUAAAGCCA